AUGUGGGAUUUUGAAGGAUUCAGUAUGAUGCCAGAACCUUUAGGGACUGUCGUGUCGGACGAUAUAUGGAAAAAGUUCGACAUGGACGCCCUUCACUCUUCAGAAGGCUAUGUGCAUGUUAAUUUUUCUUCAUUUGAUAUUAUUCCUGAACCAUUUGAUGACACGGAUUGUUCAGACUAUCCAGAAAUUCGUCACCAUGACUGUAUGUGGGCAGGAUUAUGUAUAAGUAAAGAGCACAAUAAAAUAUUGUCAACCAAAAAUCAAAGAAUUUCCCCGCCUAGAAUAGUACAAGCCGGCAAAAGUUUGUUGAAAUCACGAUCAUCGUCAGAUUCAAUGGAUCACCUACAGCAAGAGAAGUUUUUCAUGAAGAAUCAACAUCAGAGAAUGGAUAGCUUAGAAAGUGACGGUGGUUCACCACGUUCAGAAUCACCUCAAACUUCUUCCGAGUCAUCAGAAGAUGAUUCUGAUAGUGAACGAGAUAUACCAACUUUUAAGCACGAUCAGUUCAGUAUUAAUGAAAAGUUAAUCGAGUGUAUAUCUGCGCCCGUAAGUGAGGUCACCGGACAGUGUGUCAGAAGUUCAUUGAAGAUAAAAGUUAAGGUCAAUGAAACAGAUAACGAUGAAUCCAUUGAUACUCGAAACAAUAUCAAUACAUCAAAACAAACAGAAGUCAGUAAUACCCUCAUUGAUCAUUGUUAUUACAUAAAUCAUCCCACCAGUAUCAAAAAAUUAGACUAUUUGGGUGUUCAAACACCAUCCGAUUCCGGUGAGUGUAAAUUUAUAUUUAUUAUUUAUAAUAAAAGUCACUUUGGUAAUGACGUUAUCGAAUAA